AGAAAGACAUUUUCGUGUAUCAAGCGUUUGUUUCGUCAUCAAACAAAAAAUAUAAAUAAACACUUGCAACGUGUGGAUAUUUUCAGCUGCGCGUACGAAAACUUAUUUUAAAUUUUAAAAGAAAAACCUUCGGCGCAUUAACGAUGAACCAGCUAGAAAAGAAAGAACCCGUGCAGGCGAUUUUGAUAGCCGAUGGAUUCAAUGAAUGUUUUGUUCCGUUUACGGACGAUAAGCCGCUGGCUCUUCUGCCUUUGGUAAAUGUGCCGUUAAUUGAUUACUCGCUGGAAUCGCUGAACCGGUCCGGUGUCGAGGAAGUGUUCCUAUUCUGCAGCCAACAUGUCGAUCAGAUUCGGGAACAGGUUCGCGUUAGGCAAUCGGACCCAACCGGAUGCAGCUGGACGGUCGGAAUGACCGUAACUGUGGUCAGCUCCGAAGGUUGUAGAUGUUUGGGCGAUGCACUCCGCGAUCUGGAUGCCAAAGGGCUGAUAAGAGGUAAUUUUAUUCUUAUGGGGGUGGACACGAUCACCAAUGCCAAUCUUGGUGCGCUACUGGAGGAACAUAAACGGAUGAUGAAGACCGAUAAGGGAACUGCAAUGACCGUAAUCUUUAAAGAAGGCAUUCCACAGCAGCGUACCGGUAACGAAGUGUUCAUCGCUAUGGACAAAACUAGUCGCAGAUUGUUGUACCAUCAGCGACUUAAGCCAACUCAAAAUAACAAAGAGCGGAGCUUCAAUAUUCCACUCGAAAUUCUUCUAGAAAAUCGCGAUGUUACACUAAAACAUGGCUUGGGUGAUCCACAAUUAGCCAUCUGCAGCAACACGGCGUUGCCACUGUUUUCCGAUAAUUUCGAUUUCGCCAAUAGAGACGAUUUCGUUCGAGGGCUACUGAUCAAUGAGGAAAUCUUGGCAAGUACAAUUUACGUUUCUUUGCUCCCGCGAGAAGAAUACGCCGUUCGGGUCAACAACUGGCAGGGUUAUCAGAUCGUUUCCAAGGAUGUGGUUAGUCGAUUUGUGUACCCGUUAGUCCCGGAUAUGGGAAUUUGUGGACAUGCACAACGUUAUUCGUUUGGAAGGAACAAUGUAUAUCGGCAUAGAAAUAUUCGGCUGGCUCGAGGAAGUAUUCUGCGGUCCGAUGUAGUUGUUGGAGAGCGGAGUGAAAUUGACGAGAAAACAGUAGUAGAGAGUUCUGUUUUAGGUAGUGGUUGUCGGAUUGGUAAGAACUGUAAAAUAUCCAAUUGUUUCUUGAUGGACGGUGUAGAAAUUGGAGACGGAUGUGAAUUAGAGUAUUGCAUCAUUGGGGUAAAUGCUAAAAUUGGACAAGGUUGUCAGUUGAAUAACGGAUGUAUUUUGGGGCAAAAAGUUGAAAUUCCAAUAGGUAAGAAACUGAUGAAAACAACUGUGCAGUGCACACAACCCGAUGAUGAAUGGACUGAAGGAUCUGAAAAGAUUGGACCAAAGGCCUUCACCAUUCCAGACUCUGAACAAAAUGAUGAAGAUGUUCCCAUGGACAGUGAUGAUGAAGAUAAUCAACCAUCCAAUGGUUUUGCAAUGCGACUUUCGAAAUUGGACCUAUGCUAUGCCCCCUCGGAUUACAGUAGCUCCUCGGAAGACGACGAUUCCAGAGCAGCUUCUCCGGUUCAAGAUGAUUCCAACAUUUUCCUCUCAGAAGUUAUAGAAUCGUUGAAACGUGGUUAUUCUGAGAAAUCAAACACAGACUAUUUGAUUUUAGAAAUUAACUCUUCUCGAUAUGCUUACAAUAUGUCUUUAUCUGAGGUAAAUUUUUUCGUAGUGAAAGCGAUUCUGCAGAUACUGAUCAUUCAGGAAAAUGUUGGUUCAGCUCUGGUGUCUACCUUUGGACAACUGUUGGGAUAUUUCGGUCCGGUGUUUAAAAACUAUAUCCGCGACCGCGAUUCAAUGAUGGACUGCAUGAAAGCGUUGGAGGAAACGGCUCAGCAGGAGGACCUGAUCCAGGCUAAAAUGGCACAGGUUGUGCAUCUUCUGUAUGAGAAAGAUUACGUUUCCGAGGGAGUGAUCUUGAAGUGGUACGAAGAGCUACCGGUGGAUGAUUUGUCAAAGAAAAGUUUGGCCAAGUUGGUUGAUUGGUUGAUGCAAUCCAGCGAAGAAGAAGACGAUGAUGAAGAUGAAAGUGAAUAAAUAUUGUUAUAGUUUUAAAUGUA